UACCCAAGAAAACAGCCGUGCACCGCGCGCAAAAACACGUCCGCCUCCUGCCUGACGCAUGGUCCAGCCGAUGGCGAAUUAUAACCUGUGACGCUUGCGGCUUGUGCUUGGCCAUGUGCACGCCAGCCACGGGCCGCGGGCGCGUGCGGCUGAAUGUUGGCGGGCAGGUGUUCGAGACGACGGCCGCCACGCUCGCCAGCGCGGGGAGGGACACCAUGCUCGGCGCCAUGCUGGACGCGUCCUGGAACGGAGGCUACGCCGCGGGGAGCGGCGCGGCCGAGUACUUCAUCGAUCGCGACCCGGCCUGCUUCGCCGUGAUGCUCGACCUGCUCCGCACGGGCGGCCUCCAUGUGCCGCCUGGCGUCCCCGAGGCGAUGCUCUACCGCGAGGCGCUCUACUACGGCCUCCUCGACCGCGUCCGCGCCGCACGCCUGGGGGAGUUCGACGGCGACCGCCUGCACCUGUCCGCGUCCGUGCCCGGCCGCGCGCCGGGGGACGGCACGGCCGUCCGCGCCGCGCCCGACGGCGGCUGCUGCGUGGCGCACGGCGGCGCCGUGCGCGUGUACAAUUGGAUGCUCGAGGAGCGCCGCCCGGUCUACCUCGACCACGCGCCGAUCAACGACGCGGCCUACCUGGACGCGGCCACGCUCCUCGUCGCCGCCCGGGAGCGGCCCGGCAGGGGCGACGGCGGUGUGGCCGCCUUCUCCGCGCUCACAGCCGGUCUGCGCCACCGUUUCCGCGUCGCGCACGAUCGCCAGGUCAGAUCCUUCACCGCCGGCGCACUGGCCUUCGACGGACGAUCCAACAUCUUCGCGAGCUGCAAGGGCCGGUUCAACGAGUACGGCAUCGGUGUCUGGGACGGCGCCACCGGCGAGCAGGCCGACUUCUUCUACGAACCGCCGGGCUGCGCACUUGGCGACGCCGACAAGCUCCAGUGGCUAGACGGCACCAGCACGCUCAUGGUGGCCACGAUGUUUCCAAGGACCGACUCCUCUUUCCUCAGCCUGCUCGACUUCCGGGACAAGAGCGUCGUCUGGUCGUGGUCCGACGUCGGCACGCCAGCGUCGCUCGAGGACAAGCACGUGGUCCACGCCGUCGUAACGGAGGACGGCAGGUCAGUCUGCGUGAUCAACCAGUACGACGACCUCGGGUUUCUUGACCUCCGUUGCAACGCCGCCGGCGUGCGGUGGAGAUCGCGGAGCAAGCUGACGAUGAGCGGGAAGACGAAGGCGCGCAGCGAGGAGACGUGCUACCCAAAGCUCGCCGCGCACGGCGGCCAGCUUUUCGCGUCGACGAAUGACGCCAUAUCGGUGUUCAGCGGCCCCGACCAUGUGCUGACGUCAACGUUGCGGGGCAGCAACGGCGGCGCCAUAUGCGACUUCUCCAUUGGCGGCGACCGCCUCUUCGCCCUGCACAACGAGGAGAACGUGUUCGACGUCUGGGAGACGCCGCCGCCGGCGAUCAUCUGACUGUCAGAGAAUUAAUCUUGUAUCAGUGGAGAAGGAAUCACUGACACAGUUCUGACAGAUCAACACGCUGUAACAUCCUCAGCAUUGUGACAAAACUUUAUUCUAUAUCUAGAAAGGAAUAUGGAUAUCAGUGGAGUAUUAUGAUUCUCUACAAACACCUUUAUCGUCAGCUGCUGAUUUAUUUUUUCUCUUA